AUGAAAUUUGGAAAAUAUUUAAGAAAUAAUAUGAAUCCAAAUUAUGAAAAUCAUUAUAUAAAUUAUAAAGAUUUAAAGAAACUUUUAUUAGAUUUAGCAUCUGUAGAAGAAGAAAAGAAAAGAUUAUCCGGUAAUAAUGGUAGACAACAACAACAAAAUAACAAAAACUACAUUCUUCAAUAUCAAGCUUCCCAACAAGCCUCUGAUAGAAAUUCAAAAUUUUUAUUAACCGUUUGGAAACAAUUUGAAAAGGUUGAUAUUUUCAUAACAACAAACGAAAAGGAAUUAUCAAUGAAAUCCAACUAUAUGGAGAAUUCUAAAGAUGCUAGAUUGAUCAUCUCUUGUAUUAAAGAAGUCGAAGAACUACUAAACUUUGUUCAUUUAAAUUUAGAGGGUUUUAGAAAGAUCUUAAAAAAAUUUGAUAAAAAGUUCACAAUUACAAUUGGCCAUGAAUACUUUAAAAACAUGAUUUAUUCACAUUUUCAAGCUAAAGUUUCAGUUUUAAAUUACUACAACAACAAACUUUCUAAUAUUUAUUCACAACAGUUUGGCGAUAUAGAAGAAUUAAAACAUUCUGAAAAAACAGAAAGUGUAUUUAGCUUUUGUAUGGAUGAACAAAUGGAAUAA